AUGUCCGUCCGCGUUCACCUGGACAACCCGCACGCCUUCUACACAAACCUCGACUUCAUAAGCGGCAAAAUCGUGCUGAACCUCCUUACCGAUGAGACCAUAUCCGCCAUCGUGGUGAAGCUGGAGGGGGAGAGCAGGACAGUGCUGAUGAAGCCACCGCCUGGGCCGCAUGAGCCAAGGCGGCGCGAUGAUAGGAGCAGGAUAGCCAUGGAGAAUCACAAGAUCCUGUACAGGCUGCAAACUGUCUUUCCGACUGUGAGCAGCACAACUCCGACCGCCAAGGCAUCGUUCACGCUUGGGGCAGGGCACCACGAGUAUCCGUUUAGGUUUAAGAUUCCAUUUAAUACUAUGUGUGGCGAUCAGAAUAUGCAAGCCAUCGGCGUUGGGUUGGGUGGCCGCCUCGGGCUCAUGGAGAUGCCAAUGCUACAGCAGCAUAUCAGAAAACCAUUACCCCCUUCCCUGGGCGGCUUCCCAGCCGAAGCAGAAAUAAGAUACUUCGUAAAAGUCACAGUCCAGCGACCGUCGAUAUGGAAAGAAAACAGGAGGAACGAGAUCGGCUUUAAGUUCAUGCCCAUCGAUCGCCCAGCCCCCCCUGCCUCAAAUGCAGAAGCGUUUGCGCGGCGACCGUACGCUUUCCAAGCUGGCUCGAUCUCUUCGAAUGGUAAGAAACGAGGGAUGUUUGCGCGCCAGCCAACCGCUUUGUCGCCAGUUGCUCCGUCGGUCUUGGUUGAUGCACGACUGCCCAGCCCGUCGAUCUUGGUAUGCAGGAAACCGAUCCCCAUGCGCAUCAUCGUCACGAAGCAGAAUGAUAGCCCCGAGUACGUGUUUUUAGUUGGGCUGCACGUCGAUCUUAUCGCCAAGACGGAGGUUAGGGCGCAAGAUGUGAUGCGUGAAGAGCUGAGCACUUUUCCGAUUGUCAACCUUCAGGGCCUCUCCUUGCCCAUAGGCAACCCCAGUGAACCGGUUGGGACCGAGACAACGCUUGAUGAUAAGCUGUGGGAUCGUGCGCAGCUUCCUCCUACUGUUACGCCUUCAUUUCAUAUUUGCAAUUUGACACGAAAAUAUGAGCUUCAACUACGCGUUGUACUAAGCUACGGAUACCCAGGCGAGAUUCAGCCACAAAAACAAAUAAUCCCCCUCCGCUUCCCCGUCGAAGUCUACUCCGGCCUCACCCCCUCCCCCGCCCUCCUCAACGCCCUCGCCAACCGCACCGCCACAACCACCACCACCACCCCCCACGAAGCGCCCGCCAUGCCCCCGCGCCCCAGCGGCGCCCCCGCCGCCCCGCCCAUCGACCCGCUCUACCCACCGCAAAUGGGCACGGCGAACGCGGACCUGAUGGGCGACGCGCCGCCGAGCUACGAGGAUGCGAUGGCGGAUGAUAUUGGCCCGCUUGAUGGGAGGAGAGAGUAUAGCGGGGUGUCGAAUGAGAAUUCGCCUAGUGUGGUGGGGGGGGGGAAGGGGGAGAGGGGGGCGGUGCCGGGAUACUCGACGCAGGAGGGCGGUGGUGGGGGAGGGGGGGGCCGAGUGGGAGUGGGGGGUUUGUUGCGUGAGGAUAGGCUUGAGUGGUUUGACAGAUGUGGGAAUGUGGAGGGGGUAAUCGGUUGCAUUGCUCGGUGUUUGGAGAUGGGAAGAUAUCAGAUGGGUGGCGUUUUUUAGGUAGACUGGGGUGGGAGGCUGGCCUGGAUGUGCCGGAUAGAUAAUAACUAGAUAUUAUACAUCGUCUUUUCAACGGUCG